CUCUAGGCCCCAAAAGCCCUUUCCUCUUUUGUCGGUUUAGUGGGCCUCUCUCUCUCUUUUUGUUUGCUAGAAAUCGUCGAAGUCUAAAGAGAGAGAACCAAAUCUCUUCGUCCACAAUUGUUUCGAUUUCUUCUCAGGAGCUCUCUUUUACGGGUAAUAUUAAGGGAUACUGUGAAAAGAAGCAAUGACGACUGCAGCUAGACCUACAUGGGCACCAGCUAAAGGCGGCAACGAACAGGGAGGUACUCGGAUUUUUGGCCCGUCACAGAAGUAUUCAUCGAGGGACCUUGCAGCUCAUACCACUCUAAAACCCAGGAGAGAAGGACAAGAUAGCCAUGAUGAAGUGCAGAAGAGAAAUCUUCGUGAUGAGCUUGAAGAGCGUGAACGCAGGCACUUCUCCUCGAAAAAUAAGUCCUAUGAUGAUGACAGAGAUCGUAGGAAAGCAAAUCAUCUUUUAUUGGAAGGAACAAAGAGGGAUUCUGAAGACCGCAUUGUUCCACGAAGUGUGGAUGCUGAUGAUUCUGAUGUUGAAGUCAAUAGUGACGAGAGUGACGACGACGACGAGGAUGACACAGAAGCUCUUCUGGCUGAGCUUGAACAAAUCAAGAAGGAAAGGGCAGAGGAAAAAGCCCGGAGGGAAAAAGAGCAGAUGGAGGAACAGCUAAAAGCCAAGGAGGCAGAGGUUCUUCGAGGAAACCCACUGAUAAAUAGUGCAACCUCGUUUAACGUAAAGAGGAGGUGGGAUGAUGAUGUGGUCUUCAAGAACCAGGCUCGAGGUGAAACCAAAACUCCCAAGCGCUUUAUCAAUGACACCAUACGAAGUGACUUUCACCGGAAGUUCCUCCAGAAAUACAUGAAAUAACUUACAAAGGUGAAGGUGGGAAAAUCCCCGGUAGCAAUGACUUGUCAAAGGGUGUGGACAGGGGAUUCUGGCUUGGAAGUUAAAAAACAUUUUAUGUAUAAUACAUAUCUAAGUCUUCACUCUUCACUGGCUAAUGAAUGGCCGUAUUUUGUUGUCUUGUGACGUGCUGCUCUAGAAGCAGAGAAACCCCUGGUUUGCUUCAUUCAGUUUAUAUUGUGUGCUGAGUUGACUGCAUCACCUUGAUUCUGGUUA